AUGUCCACCCAUGAGAAUUGCACCGCUGAAAAUUGCUACCAAUGUCUAACGAAUAGGUUUUGGAAAAUGCAUGAUGUAUUUUUAAACACAAGUGCUCGUCUCAUCAACUGCGAAAAUGAGAAACGACAACUUCAGGCUCAACUUGCAAACGGGAAAUCUGAGAUUCGACAACUCGACGAUUGCCUCAACGAAGCGAAUACGGCUAUUGGGAAUUACGAGAUAAAGAUAGAAAAGCUGGAGAGCGAGCUACUGGCUAGUCAGGAGGAGAGCGCCAGGAAGAUUCAGGAGCUCCAGGAGCAACAGAAUCUGAAAGUGCGGGCAUUGCAACUCGAGUUAUCUGCUGUCCAGAAGAAAAGUUGUGAAAAGAUUCUAGAGCUCCAGGAGCAACACGACAAGAAGCUUAGCAGGAAGGAUUUAGAGAUCCAACAACUGGAGAUCAUGUUAGCAGGAGCCAGGAAAGAGAAGAUUCAGGAGAUCAAUGCCCAGGAGCAGGUGUCUGUGAAAGAUACGGAGAUGAUGCCAAAUCACGUUGAGAUACCACAAAGCAACGAGCCAACUCUACUCCAGGAGGCUAAGAAGGCACAGGAGGCUCUCAUGACACAGUUGGCUGCUAAGGACAAGGAAAUUGAGAAUCUCACUGACCAACUCGAAGCGAAGGACCAAGAGGCCACCAAUAUCCGUGAGCAACACAUAUCAAAGCUAGCUGCUAGGGAUUCAGAAGUUCGCAGAUCGAAGGAAAAGGUGAAGGAUCUAGAUGAAAGGAAUGAGAACCAGCGCAAGAGCAUAUACCAUUAUCGACAGAUAAUAAAGGAGAAGGAUCGGGAUAUUGAAGCGUUGAAGGAGAGAGUGGCCGAAUUGGAGGCGGAGCCACAGGAGGCUCUCAUCGCUCAAUUGGCUGCUAAGGACAAGGAAAUGGAGUAUCUCAAGAAGCAGCAUGAGGAGAAGCUAGCUGCUCAGAGCCAAGAGAACACCAAUAUCCGUGAGCACCAUGAGGCAAAACUGGCUGUUAAGGAUUCAGAAAUCCAAAGAUUCACGGAAAUGGUUCAGAAUGGAGAUGAGAAGAAUGAGAACCUACAGAAGAUCAUCUACAAAUUUCAGAAGAUGAUAAUGGAGAAGGAUCGGGAGAUUGGAGAGAUGAAGGAAAGAGUGACUGAUUUGGAGGCGGAGCUUCAAAACGGUCAGGACGGACAAUCGGAACAAUAA